AUGCAAGAGCUCCAGGGCCACAUGCAGUUGCACGGAGCGGAAGGUUUGGAUGUUACCACAAGGAAAUACGACGGGGUCACUGAAUUAUGCAAACGUCUUAGUACCUCGCAAACAGAAGGACUAUUCAACAAAGAACUGACGCAGAGGGGAGAAGUCUUUGGGGCCAACGUCAUUCCACCAACUCCCCCCAAAACAUUUCUACAACUCAGGUGGGCAGCACUCUAA